CCCAGCUGCUAGCUAAAGAAGCAUAGUAAAGAAAGAGGCGAAGGCCUAGCUUUAGUGAAAUUAUUUUGUCACGUUUGUUUUUAAGGUGGCAUCGGAACGUAGCUAUUUCUCGUUACGUGGCUUUUGCAUCUCUUGUAAUUGAAGUGAGGCGGGGUUGUCUCAUGAUUUUACUAAACACUGACAAAAAGUAGCGUGAAGAGGUUGGUUUGAUGUGCAUGGCAUCAAGAGAAGAGGCGCCAUGAGUGCGGAGGUGGAUGCACUGACUGUGGUGAACCAGCUGCGAGAUCUUGCUGCAGACCCCCUGAACCGAAGAGCCAUAGUAGAAGACCAAGGCUGUCUGCCAGGUCUCAUCCUAUUUUUGGACCACCCCAACCCACAGGUCGUCUACUCUGCGCUAUUGGCUGUGCGCUACCUGGCAGAAUGUCGAGCCAACAGGGAGAAGAUGAAGGGCGAGCUGGGCAUGAUGCUGAGUUUGCAGAAUGUCAUGCAGAAGAGUACGUCGCCUGGGGAGACAAAACUUCUGGCCUCUGAGAUCUAUGAGAUUCUACAAUCGGCUGGUAAAGAAGAGGCCGAACAGGCGGAGGCGGCUGCUGCCUCCUGUCGGCGCAAAGCCCACUUCUUCCUGGGCUCUAACAACAAGAGGGCCAAAACUGUGGUGUUGCACAUUGAUGGACUGGAUGACUCUACUCGAAGGAGCCUGUGUGAGGAGGCUUUGCUAAAGAUCCGAGGGGUCAUCAGCUUCACCUUCCAGAUGGCUGUGAAGAGAUGUGUUGUCAGGAUCCGCUCUGACCUUAAAGCUGAGGCUCUGGGCACAGCCAUCAACUCCACCAAAGUAAUGACGGCUCAGCAGGUGGUGAAGACAGAAGAUGGAGCAGAGCUGAUGGUUCCAUUCCAGGAGGACUCAGCGGUGCUGGUAGAGGAGAACACAGACAUCCCAGACUACCUGCCCGAGGAGGAGAGCCCAUCCCAGGAGCAGGACAAGGCUGUCACGCGCGUAGGCUCAAUCACAGACGGCAUGGGCUGGCUCAGCACGGCCGCCAACUUUCUGACCCGCUCCUUUUACUGGUGACCACUUCCUGUGUUACUCUCUCUGCUUCCUGUUUUUUUUUUUCCCCCCUCACAAAAGUACCAUCCAGCUGCAGCCUUAGCAUCUCUCUGCCUAGUCCCAGACUAAGCCCUGCCUCUCGGCCCUACACUAGCCUAGACUUCCCCCCUCUGCAAAGCACACAGAGCCCGGCAGCACGUGUGCAACAAGUGCUGGACUGCCAAGUGGAACCUGCAAUAACUUAAACUUGUGUAUAUAUUGAGCUACAAACCUCACUACGGGCUGUAUGUGCACAACUAUAUACUAGCUGCACCUGUAUCUCACGAAACAUAGCCAGAGGACUUGAAAUCAGCCGAAACCAAAUAGCAUUCUGGAAAUGUGAAUCACUGCUUUGACAAAGUUGACACGUGGCAGGCGUAUUUAAUUGUUCUUCGGCUGAUUUUCAGUAUGUUGAAAAUUGGGAGUUCCUUUUUUUUUUUUUUGAGCAUGAUUUUGGUUGCUUUCCUCCUGGUACGUUUCCCCCCAAUCAUAGUCCUUUUACUAUAAAUAUAUAUAUAUAUUUUUCAAUUUUUUCAUUCUUUAAUUCCUCAACUAGGCAGAUUUUUUUUCCUUCCCUCUUUAGAUUGUUUUUUUUUUUUAGCAUGCUAUGAGUCUUUUGUGCCAAUCUUGCUUGAUGCCUAGAUUCGUGAUCGUUGUGUGUGCCUUUUUGACAUUUCAUUGUAAUUAUUAUUUAUUCAUCAUUCGUUUAAAUGAUUUGAGAGCUCCGAGCAUGUCAGAUGUAACGUUUGUGCUUCCCUAGCAGCAGCCGGCCUCCCCCCAGCUUUUAACUCACUGAGGGGGAUGUCACUUCAGUAUAGAAAUAGAAAACUAGCAGCACCAGCAAGGGGCGGCAGCCCAUUCAGCCACUGGCUCACAUGCAUAUGACUGUUUGUUGCAUACUGAAAGAAGAACUGAUUAGCUAGCGGGCUGAUUAAUACACCACCCCUCGCUGCUUUUAGUUGUUUCUGCCACAAAUCAGGACUCCUCCGAUGUUGCUUUGAACGCAGCAGAUAUCAAGCGCGAGUUCUGCAGCGACGGUGAAUUGACUGACAGCUCCGUUGUGUUAAUUGCACAGACUUAAGGCUACCUCUGCUUUCAAUCUCCUAUCUCACAUCAGCAUUAUGGUCUUCUGUAGUUUUAGAUGAGCAUGGUGAAGACAAACCUGUUAGCUGCCUGCUUGUGUACCUGGACUCCUGGUGACAUUUUUACAGUAUUGUUUGACCCGCCUCUUCUGUUCAGUUUCCGGUUUAGCCAGCAGUGUCCUUAAAAGCGAAGAUCAUGUUAGUGCACGCUUACACACAAAGAGGACUCACUAAUGGUGUCAUAUGAGCAGUGGUGUCAUACUGUAACGAGGGUGUGGUUAUGUACAUUUUGUAAAUGGUGCCUGAUUCCCUAAGAUCUCAGAUGUUACAUGUGAAGGAUUUUUUUUUUGUUCUGUUUUUGUAAGUCUAAUUUGCAUUUUAUGUCACAAAUUAGGAUACGAGUUUGUAGCAGCUAAUGCUAACACUCUUAAUGAGUAUUUUCCUGAUCCUUUAGCCCUUCACAAUCCUGUGACUCACACCAGUUUUAAUUAUUAUCUCCUCUGACUUGUGUGAGUGUCAUUAGCAAUUACUGUGUAUAUACAAUGCUGACCAGGUGAGUUUUAUUGUUUUGAUGGUGCGGAGGCGUCACAGUCGGUUGAGGUCAAACUGAUGGAUACGGAAUGACCGGGAUAACCUGAACUGAUGGUGGCUAUUCUUUGGAAAAGCAAUAAUUUUGCAUUAUGUGUAGUGACUAUAGCUCAGCAGCCUUCAAAAAAAUGUAUUAGUUAAACAUGAGGCUCAUCAGUAUUAAAAUUUGUCCAUUUUGCACAGAAUUAAUCUCUAAAUUGCAUCAUGUCUCCGCUCAUACUGCAAAGAGGAAAUACUUGAAUUUUUUUCCCCCUAUAUGUGUUGAUCAAAGCGGAUAUUUCCCUUUUCUUGUGAGAUUCACCACAUCUGUAAGGCUGACAACGAACCGCAGAGUAAGUCCUCAAAAAUGUAACAUGUGUACAGACGUCAUCUGUCAUCAAAUGUAAUAUAAUGUAAUGCAGAUCUUAAAACUGUAGAUUCCCAUACACUGUUAAUUGCAAACAAUGAUAAAGUUAAAAUAAAAAUUA